AUGACAUCACAACUUACAGACAACUCACGCUUCAGCUUGCUAGCUAUCAUAUACAAGGCAGCAGCUGCGCGUGGAAGAGCAACGGAGUCUGGCGAGAAAACAAAAAAAGAGAUUACAGUCCAGAGCGCUCGAAAAGUAGCUGAUGCAGAAGGUUCUCGCAAAGCGCGUCUCGAGCGUCCAAAAGAAGAGCCAAAAGAGCCAACUAUAAAAGCAAAGAAAUUCUAUAUAAUGAAAGAAAAUCACAAGAUAUCCUUCUAUUUCAAGCCCGCAGAGUCUUCUCCAGAGCCACAACCUGUAGCGGGCGUGAAACGGCCCAGCAGCAAAGAUGGGCCUUGCUCUUCGUCACCACCACUGACUUCUUGCCCGCCAGACCUCUCAUCCCCCGUCCAGCUUACCUCUUCUCUCUCAGAGCCCAGGCAGGAGCAGGUUAUACUGCAAGACCGCUCAAGAAAUGAUAGCUCUGGCGCUGCCGAGACAAGCCAUCACCAGCACACUCCCAUGGAUGAGCCAGCUGUCUCGUCGUUCACAACUGUUCCCGGCUCCCAGCGGGUGUUCAAGGACGGGCAGAUUGUGAUCACAGCAUCUGACGACGACGAUGAUGACUACUCUAUUAAUUCCAUUGCCAUCUCUACGGAUGAGCUGCUGGCUAAGUUCUUGGGCACCUCGGGCCAGAAUGAAGGCUCAGAUACAGACAUGUCCGGCUCAAAGGGCCGGAAGAGCUCGAGGGGCAAACCUAAGCCCAAGUCCAAGGAAACACAGACAGCCACGGCCAGAACAACACAUAAGUUCUCCCUAGAUGACCUCGUAGCAGAUGCCAUGCAUGACAAGGAGAGAGAGGCCCAGGUGUCGGCUGCAAAAGUGCUCAUCCAGGAAUCCAUGGGCAAAUACAAAACCAAGGGCAAGAACCCCACUGAUAAAGAUGAUGUAUAUGCCUCUUUAGUUUCAGAUACCUCAGAUCCAGUUGCUGCUCGGCGACUGAAGGAUGCAGUGCUGCGGACAGAGGCCCUUCGACAAGGUAUAAACUGGUCCUUCUUUCGUGAUGAUCCACCAACAGUCGAUGUUGAGCCUUUCCCAAUCCUGUCAGUAGAUCCUGAGUCUUGGGAGGGUGUCCUCAGAGGUGAGAUGUCGUCUACUACCGGUCGUAUAUUAUCUUUUCUAUCAUACUAA